UUUUUCCACGCUAUAAGACCACCACACAAGUCUCUACUUUGCCUCAUACAGAGACAGAGAAAAGGUGUGUCGCCAUGAGAGGUCCUAGCAUCUCAGAAGCUUCUUCAGAAGCCAGCAGCACAGCAUCACUCUCAUCAUCAUCAUCAUCCCCACGCUCCCCCUCCACCGCCUCUUCCUCCUCCCACCACCACCAGCAGCCAAUUCACAAGACUCCGAGCCACCACCACCCAAAGCCUAUGCCUAAUUCAGAGGAUCAAGACAACACCAAGAAGAAGAAGGCAAAGGACACCAAGCACCCCGUGUACAGGGGAGUGAGGAUGAGGAACUGGGGAAAGUGGGUCUCUGAGAUCCGCGAACCAAGGAAGAAGUCGAGAAUCUGGCUGGGGACCUUCGCCACGCCGGAAAUGGCGGCCAGGGCCCACGACGUCGCCGCCCUGAGCAUCAAAGGCGCCACGGCGGUACUGAAUUUCCCCGAGUUGUCGUCCUCCCUCCCUAGGCCCGCCACAUUAUCUCCUCGGGACAUCCAGGCGGCCGCGGCUGCCGCGGCUGCCAUGGAACCGACUUCAAGUGCGUCGGCUGCAGGUCCCGCCACUUUAGACACGGACGACUUUGAUGUCAUCGGCGGGGAUGAGGAUAUCACUGAGCUGCCAUCACUGAAUGGGAGUUAUUCCCCUGCACCACAUUUUUCCUACCAAUCGGCGUUCGAGGACAAUUUCCUGUAUGACAUGCCGCCAAAUUUCUCGGCGGCCGCGGAAUCGAUCGCGGCGUGGUACCCCAACUCCGGCGACUUCGGGUUCCUUGACCAGAUGGCGACGGCGGAAAACGGGUUCGACGGCAACGGCUAUCUAGAAACUCCAUUGUGGGGUUACUAGCAGUACCACUGAGUCAGGCUUUCUCAUUCGUAAUUCUCUCAAUGUUUCUUUUUCUUUCUUUCUUUCUCGUUCUUCAUUUCGCUUCUUCUCCUGCGUCUAUGGGCGCGCUUUCCCUUGUUCUGAAGACCGAUCUGUUCUCUCUGAGAGCAUAAACUGUACAGCUUUGGACCGAGAGAAAUGAAAAAAAAAAAAAGAGUUGAUGGUGUAAAA